UGGAUAUACCUCAAUGCAGCUUAAAAUGUUUUCAAAACAAAAUUAAUACAAAUAAAUGAACGGUGCUUACCUAACGAAAUAUAACAGAAGCAAAGAGAAAUCGCCGGCACAAAACUCGUCCAACAGCAACAUCUGUCCGUGCACUUGCCCAGCGAUUGGGGCACAGCCAAAAUCGUUCUUGUAACUUAAAGACUGAAUACCAUGUGGACAAAACUAGCUAAUGUCUAAUAUGCAUUUAAACAAUUAUGCCCAAACGGUUAAGAGAAAAAAAGCCUUUUUACUUCAGUGGACAUCACUAAUAAGUUUUAUCUGCUUAAUUCAACCUGCAUUUUCAACGGACGACGGCGAUGGAAGUCCACUCCUUAAUCAGAAGUCGCAAUUCGAUAAAAAGCCCGACUUUCGCCAUCAAGUCUAUAAUGUUACGAUACCGGAGAACAGUCUGGGCAAAACAUACGCCAAAGGUGUAUUACAUGAGGACUUGGCCGGAAUUACGCUUGACGCAAAAUACGACAUUAAAUAUAGAAUAAUAAGCGGCGAUAAGGAUAAGCUCUUUAAAGCCGAAGAAAGACUUGUCGGCAACUUUGCCUUCUUAAGUAUUCGAACCAGAACUAGCAACAUCGUCUUGAACAGGGAAAAAACCGAGGAAUAUAAUCUGAAAGUUCGCGCUCAUAUAAGCUAUACGCGCGGUAAAAACAUCUCGAGUUACGAAACCGAAACGGCGAUUCAUGUACAGGUCUUAGAUCGAAAUGACCUAAGUCCAUUAUUUUAUCCAACUGAAUAUGCGGUUACCGUUCCUGAGGACACUCCAAAACACCACAGUAUUUUAAAAGUUAUUGCGGAUGAUGCCGACUUAGGGAUCAAUGGCGAAAUCUAUUAUAGUUUCUUAAUGGACAGCGAAAGCUUCGCCAUUCACCCAACCACUGGAGACAUAACCAUCCUGAGGCAGCUUAACUAUGCAGACAAUUCACAUUACGAGCUCACGGUUCUGGCCAAUGACAGAGGCUCCGCCAUUAACCAGCAGCACCAUCAGGCCAGCAAAGCGAGAGUUUCUAUAACUGUGAAACAGGUUAACCUAAACGCACCCGAAAUAUAUGCAAAAACAUUCUCGAGUGUGAUACCAAAUUCAGGUUCUCUGAUUUACGGAAUAGUACGAGUAAAUGAUAAGGAUGCUGGUAAAAAUGGAGAGAUACAGAAAUUGGAAAUAUUGGACGGAAAUCCAGAUGGUACAUUUCAGUUAUUGCCCGCAGAGACGAGAGACGAGUAUUAUAUUGAACUGAAUAAAUUCGCAAAGUUAGCUGAACAACACUUUGCCUACAACUUAACACUGCGAGCCGAAGAUUUUGGCACACCCUCCAGAUUUACAUUUAAAACAGUUACGAUUCAAAUACUGCCGGAAAUCAAAAAUGUACCGAUAUUUACACAGGAAAUUUACGAAGUCUCGAUACCGGAAACAGCGCCGAUCAACAUGCCAGUUAUAAGACUUAAAGUAAGCGAUCCCGAUUUGGGAAAAUUUGCUUUGGUUUAUUUGGAAGUAGUUGGUGGCAACGAGGGCGGCGAGUUCCGUAUAAAUCCGGAUUCUGGCAUGUUAUAUACACAAAAGCAGCUUGAUGCCGAAACGAAAUCCAGCUACACAUUAACUGUAUCUGCGAUUGAUCAAGCCGAUGUUGGAUCCCGGAAGCAAUCAUCUGCCAAAGUGAAAAUUACCAUCGAGGAUAUGAAUGAUAAUGAUCCGAUAUUUGAAAAUAUGAACAAAGUCAUAUAUAUAAAUGAAAAUGAAUUGGCCGGCUCAUUCGUGACAAAACUGACAGCGAGGGAUAGGGAUUCUGGUGAAAAUGCAUACAUAUCCUAUAGUAUAGCAAAUCUAAAUGAAGUUCCAUUCGAGAUAGACCACUUUUCCGGAGUUAUAAAAACAACUAACUUGAUUGAUUAUGAAACAAUGCGUAGAAACUAUACACUUCUGAUACGCGCUUCCGAUUGGGGAUUGCCCUAUAGAAGGCAAACUGAAAUUGCACUGGAGAUUAUUGUAAAGAACGUGAAUGACAAUAGGCCGCAAUUUGAGCGAGUUAACUGCUAUGGAAAAGUAAUCAAAUCUGCUCCAAUUGGCUCUGAGGUGUUCACCAUUUCGGCAAUUGAUCUUGAUGUGGGAGAUGUGAUAUCAUAUCGGUCAAUAUCGGGCAAUGAAGAUGGCUGCUUUAAUUUGGAUUCAAAUUCGGGAACUUUUUCCAUUGGCUGCAACCUUAUGGAUGUUGCUGUCAACGAUCGAGUCUUAAGAGUAUCGGCCACAGAUGGGACUCACUUUUCAGAUGAGCUGAGUAUCAAUGUACAUCUCGAUAUGGAUUACUCAAGGGAACAGAUGAAUUUAUUGCACGGGUACGGGACAUUCGAGUGUCGGGAAACUGGCGUAGCCAGAAGACUGGCGGAAACAUUGGCGUUAGCCGAAAAAAACAACGUAAGAAAUGUUUCGUUUCUUGAAGUAAACGACUUGGCACUGACGCCCAGCAGAUAUGGCCAAAAUAUCCAUAAACCUGAAAUAAUAAACUUUCCCCAAGAGCUUACCCUAAAUGAAAGUGUUCAAUUGGGAACAACGGUAGCUGUGAUCGAAGCCAGGGACCGAGAUUUGGGAUAUAAUGGAAAACUUGUAUUCGCGAUUGCAGACGGCGACUACGAUUCGGUAUUUCGCAUUGAUCCCGACAGCGGCGAGCUACAGAUUAUUGGCUACUUGGAUAGAGAACGCUUAAGCGAGUAUAUUUUAAAUAUAACCGUCUAUGACCUGGGUCACCCGACCAAAUCGGACUCGAAAAUACUACCCAUAACAAUAACCGAUGCAAACGAUAAUCCCCCCGUACUACAAAAAUCGUUAGCUACCCUUCGCCUAACAGAAAAUGCCCCAAAAGGAAGUGUCGUCUAUUGUGUGCAUGCAACCGACGCAGAUCUGGGAAUAAACGCAGAAAUAACAUAUACCCUAGCUGUCGAAUUAAAAGAAUUUACUAUUAAUAAAACAACUGGCUGUAUUGUUUUGAGUGAGCAAUUAGAUCGAGAGCAGACAGAUAAAUAUGAAUUACACAUAGUUGUUAAAGAUUCUGGGGAUCCUGUAUUAUCAGCGGAAGCAGUUGUAUAUAUUUUAGUUGACGACGUUAACGACAAUGCCCCAAUAUUCGGGGUGCAAGAGUAUAUGUUCAAAAUUCGCGAGGAUGUGCCUCGAGGUACUGUUGUGGCUGUUAUCGAAGCAAUUGACAAAGAUGUGGGCGAAAAUGCCGAAAUACUCUUCUCACUCAAGGAGGAUACACAGGAUAAGAAUCUGUUCAAAAUUGAUAAGCACUCUGGUGCCAUACGCACCGAAGGCUAUUUAAAUUAUGAGAACCGUCAAGUACACAACCUUGUUAUUAGCGCUAUAGACUGUGGAGUCCCUUCAUUAACAGCCGACAUGCCCAUAGUGAUAGAAAUUAUUGAUGUCAAUGAAAAUCGGUUCGCUCCAGAGUUCGAAGACUUUGCUUAUGAGGGAAAAAUAAGAGAGAACAUGCCGAAAGGCACUUUGGUCAUGAACAUUACCGCUAGGGAUAUGGACGGAAUGGAUAUAAAUGCCAAGAUAUCUUAUUCAAUUACUGGUGGAGAUGGACUAGGAAUUUUUUCUGUUAAUGAUCAAGGUUCUAUUCACUCUUUAACCCAACUUGAUGCCGAAACGAAGAACUUUUACUGGUUAACUUUAUGCGCUCAGGAUAAUGCGAUAGUGCCACUUAGUAAUUGUGUCAAGGUUUACAUCGAAGUUGAAAAUGAAAAUGAUAACAUUCCAUUAACGACCAAACCAGUCUAUUAUGUAAAUGUAACUGAGGGCACCUCCGGAAAAACUGAUAUCAUUCAACUCAAAGCAAUAGAUCCGGAUAUUGAUCCUUUACAAACAAUUACCUACAGUAUUACUUCUGGAAAUCAUGUAGGAUACUUUGAUAUAGAGCCGCAUACAGGAUUGCUUAAAACGACGGAACGAAAGCUAGACAGAGAGAAUCAAUCAGAACAUAUUUUGGAGGUAUCUAUAUCUGACAACGGAUCUCCCAUAUUAACGUCUACUACGCGUGUUGUGGUGUCCGUUUUAGACAUAAACGACAAUAGCCCAGUAUUUGAUCAACGUGUUUACAAAGUUCAAGUUCCUUCAACGACAAAUAUGAACGAAUCUAUAUUUCAGGUUCACGCAAUUGACAACGACGACGGUGAAAAUAGUCGCAUAACAUAUUCGAUAAAAUCGGGAAAGAAAAAAAAUAAGUUCCGUAUCGAUAGCUUUAGUGGACACAUUUUUUUUACAAAGACAUUAGAACCUGACUCUGAAUUUGAAAUUAAUGUUAAAGCUGAAGACAAUGGAAUCCCCAAGAAAAGCCAAACCACGCUAGUUAAUAUAGGUGUUAUUCGUGUAGCUUCCAAUUCUCCGAACCCUCCUGCAAUAGCGAAGAAGUCCAUAAAUAACAUUGUAGAUCUGACGGAAAAUGAUAAACCUGGUUUCCUGGUGACUCAGAUUCUAGCAUUUGAUGAAGAUAACGACCAGCUAUGGUAUAAUAUUAGUGGAGGAAACGAAGGGAAUCAUUUUUACAUUGGAAGAGAUACUGGAAAUGUGCUGCUAUCAAAGUUUUUGGAUUAUGAGACACAAACAUCCUACAAUCUGUCUAUUAGUGUAACUGAUGGCUCAAACACAGCACACACUUGGCUAUUUAUACAAGUUGUCGAUACGAACGACAAUGCUCCGCAAUUUACUAAAGAGAUAUAUCACGUUAAUAUAUCUGAGAACAUUGAAGAGGAAUCCGUGAUUAUGCAACUCCAUGCAACUGAUAGAGACGAAGAUAAAAAGUUAUUUUACCAACUACAUGCUACCCAAGACCCAUCAUCGUUAACUUUAUUUCGCAUAGAUUCCAUUAGCGGCAAUGUAAUAGUCACCCAGAAACUUGAUUUUGAGAAGACUUCACAACAUAUUCUAAUUGCGUUCGUUAAAGAUCAAGGAACGCCGGGAAAGAGGGAUUAUGCAAAGAUCAUAGUAAAUGUUCAUGAUCACAACGAUCAUUAUCCCGAGUUCACAACAAAAAUUAUUCAAAGUAAAGUUCCCGAAAGUGCUACGAUAGGCUCCAAACUGGUUCAAGUUACGGCCAUUGAUCGAGAUAGUGGCAAAAAUGCUGAACUACGUUACUCCAUCAUUACCGGCAACGUGGGAAGCAUGUUUGAAAUUGAUUCGACAUUUGGAAUUAUAUAUUUAGCCGCUUCCCUGGACAUCAACAAAAUGCAGGAAUAUAUGUUACAAAUAAAAGCUAUAGAUCUUGGGCAGCCUCCGUUGUCAUCUCAAGUGCCAGUUCAUAUAAUAAUUACCAUGUCUGAUAACGAUCCUCCUAAGUUUUUCGCCGACGUUAUUUCAUUGGAAAUGUUUGAAAAUUUGAGUAUUGGAUCAUUUGUAACUCAAGUAGAAGCACGAUCUUCGUCAUCAAUUUUCUUCGAUAUUAUUGAUGGUAACAUUAACGAAAGCUUUCGGAUUAACCCGUCUACAGGUGUAAUUGCUAUCAACGCCAAUGUGGACUAUGAACUAAACAAAAUUUUCAACCUAACCAUCAAAGGAACUAACAUGGCUUCUCAGUCUUCCCACCAAAAUUUAAUAAUUCAUGUUUUAGACGCUAACGAUAAUGUUCCAAAAUUUCUGCAAAGCGAAUAUAUAGGACGUGUUUCAGAGGCCGCCGGCUUGGGCUCAUAUGUACAAAUAAUUGACGAUAAGAAAAAAAGUCAUUUAACACUGAAUGUAUUUGACGCGGACGUCGGAUUAAACGGAAUGUUGCAAUUCAAUAUCCUUGAUGACUUAGCGAAAAAUAUGUUUAAAAUCGAUUCAACUACAGGAGCUAUUGAAAUUUUACGCAGUCUAGACUAUGAAAAGAAGACCAAUUAUUCAUUUUUUGUAUCGGUUAAUGACAUGGGUAAACCCAACUUAUACUCAAAUACAAAAGCUCACGUAAUAAUUCUCGUGAGUAAUGUAAAUGAUUGUCCACCUGUAUUUAAAGAUAGAGAUCUCAAUGUUACUUUGUUUCUGCCAACGUUUGAAAAUGUAUUUGUGGCCCGUAUUGCUGCAUUUGAUGCCGAUAACGAUGUCAUUCGUUACGACAUUGUUGAUGGAAACAACCAAGAAUGCUUCCAAAUACAUCCAAUCACAGGAUUAUUAACGACAAGAAAUUACGAAUUUAUAAGCAAUGAAUACAUUUUGCACGUUCGCGCAUCUGAUGGAUUGUACUCUACCAUUCUCCUCGUAAAUAUCAACGUUGAACAAAUAGUUAAUUCAAAUUUCGUAUUUCAAAAGAAAAUAUACGAGUUUUCGGCUCUUGAAAAUACCACCAAAGUUGCGACAAUAGGAUUGUUAAAUGUCAUUGGAAACACAUUGAAUGAAAAUGUUGAAUACCGAAUUCUGAAUCCAACAGACAUGUUUGCAAUUGGAAUAACUUCCGGAGCUAUUAAAACUACUGGAGUAAUGUUUGACCGCGAAGUACAAGAUAUGUAUAAGAUCUUUGUUGAAGCGAAAUCAUCUAUAUUUAAUAGGGACAAUACCAGCAUUCGCAGAGCAAUCACAUCAGUUUAUAUAUCUGUGCAAGACAUAAAUGAUAACUGUCCCAUGUUUGUCAACAUGCCAUAUUACGCUUCUGUAUCGGUUGGCUUUACGAAGGGAACAGUUAUAAUGAAGGUGAAAGCCAUAGAUCUAGACAGUGCCGAGAAUGGAGAGGUUCGAUAUGAGCUCAAAAAAGGAAACGGUGAACUUUUCAAAAUAGAUAGAAAAACUGGCGAGUUGUCAAUUAAGCAAAGUAUCGAAGGACAUAAUCGAAAAUACGAUUUAACCGUUGCUGCAUGCGAUGGAGCUGUAAUUUCCUGCUGUACAGAAGUUCCAGUUCAAAUAAAGGUGAUAGAUCGGUCCAUGCCCAUAUUCGAAAAGCAAUUUUAUUCUGUUAGCGUAAAAGAAGACGUUGAAAUGUAUACGGCUCUGUUUGUAUCCAUCCAAGCUGAGAGCCCAUUGAAAAGGAAACUGAUCUACACAAUAUCCACUGAUAACGCUGAACAAUUUUUUGAAAUUGACUAUAGAACAGGGUCUUUGUAUGUGGUCAACGAGCUGGACUACGAGGAAAAGAAUAUACACGAAAUAUCAAUCCGAGCUACUGAUAGUAUUUCUGGUAUCUAUGCCGAUGUGUUAUUAUCCAUAACAGUAAUUGAUGUCAAUGAUUGUUAUCCGGAAAUCGAAAAUGAUAACUAUAACAUAACCUUGCCGGAAAAUAUUCCAUUCGGAUCACAGAUAUUAAAAAUAAACGCAACUGAUAGGGACUCUGGUGCAAAUGGAAAAUUAUCAUAUUUCAUAGAAUCCAUCGAUGGUCGCAAUGAUUCCGAUACAUUUUACAUCGAUGUUAGUGAAGGGUACUUGUACCUAAAAACUUCAUUGGAUUAUGAGUUAAAAACCCACCAUCACGUUGUUGUGCAUGUUAAAGAUCAUGGUUCUCCGCAGUUGUCUUCGAAAUGCAAUGUUUUUAUUGCAGUUAAAGAUCUGAAUGAUAACUCACCGAAGUUUAUUGAGCCAUCUUUCAAUACAAAGUUGUCAGUAGCAGCAACCCGUGGUCAAUUUGUGGCUUUGCCUAGAGCGUUUGAUGAUGAUAUAUCCGACAUUAAUUUUCUGCAAUACAAAAUUGUAGAUGGCAACGAUUUACAAACGUACAGCAUUAAUAAGCAAAGUGGAAUUAUUUCUCUUCAAAAUAUGUUAAAUUUCACCGACAAGCCCAACACAAUUUUAAAUAUUUCAAUUUCCGAUGGAAUUCAUACAAGCUUUGCACGGUUAAAAAUUACGUUAGUUCCGGAAAAUGUUCAUAGUCCACAGUUUGAAGAAAUUGUGUAUAAAGCAUCGAUAUUGGAAAAUAUGCCGCAUGGACAUGAAAUAAUCACGGUCAAAGCAAUUGAUAAUGAUUUUGGACAAUACGCCAGUGUUUACUACGAAAUUGCGUCUGAAGAGAUGAAAAAGUAUUUUGAAAUAAAUCGUAAUACUGGUUUAAUUACAUCAAAAGUUGCAUUUGAUCGAGAAAUCAAAGAUGAAUACGUCCUGCAGUUAAAGGCAAUUGAUGGCGGAAGUAAAUUUGGCUUUGCAACUCUGAGAGUGUCAAUCGAAGACGUUAACGACAAUAGCCCGCAUUUCUUUUUAAAAGAAUAUAAAAUUGUUAUAAGCUCCUCAAUUAAGCCCAAUGAUACCAUAUUGACAGUAAAAGCCAUAGAUAAAGAUAUUCAUGGAAAUGGCGCUGUCAAAUAUACUAUCGUUCCUGACUCAAUGAAAAGCAUUUUAGAGCACAAAAUCUAUUUAAAUGAAAGUAAUGGAAAUAUGAUUUUUAUCGGCGAUUCACAGAAAUUUGAAAAGGGCGUAUUCCAAUUUUUUGUUCGAGCUUCUGACUCUGGAGAACCGUCAUUGCAUACCGAAAUUCCGGUUUCUCUUGAAAUAGUUGACUCUGAAGUGAUAAUUCCAGUUUUUGAAAAAAGUCACAUCGUUCUUAAAGUAAUAGAAUCUACAUCACCAGGAACUGUGCUAACAAAACUCAAUGUGCAUGGAAAUUAUUCAUUAAAGUUCUCGACAUCAGAAGAAAACUCUAUUUUUGCAAUAUCUGAGAAUGGAGAAUUGAUUCUUAUGCAAACAUUGGACCGUGAACAAAAUGAAUUGCAUUAUUUAGUUGCCGUAGCCGAAACAAUGACCUUGCCAGUUCUUUAUGCAUAUGCAGACGUUUAUAUACAUGUUACUGAUGAGAACGACAACUAUCCCAAAUUUGAUAACACAAUUUAUAAUACUGAUGUAGCGGAAAAUACAGAUAAAGUAGCGUCCAUAUUAAAAAUAACCGCAACUGAUGAAGAUACCGGAUCAAAUGGUGAUGUACGAUACUACUUUGACGAUGAAUCAAACGGUAUACGAAACAUUUUUGACAUCGAUAUUUAUACUGGAUGGAUCACUCUUUUGUCCUCCUUGGAUAGAGAAGUACAAUCAGAGUUUAACCUGAAAGUAAUCGCCACAGACAACGGCCAUCCGAAACACGAUUCAAAAGUUCCAGUCUCUAUCAAGAUAAUUGAUUACAAUGACAAUGGACCGCAAUUUAAAUUACCCAAUGACCAGAUUUCUAUUUCUGAAAACGCCCUUCCAGGAACUGUUCUAAAAAAUUUAUUGCUUAUAGACCCGGAUAGUGAGAAGCAAACUAUGGAAUAUUAUAUAAUUUCUGGAGAUAGUCAAUCGCAAUUUCAAAUUGGCAAAACAGGAGAGUUGUUUAUAUCCAGACCUCUCGACAGAGAGCAAAUUUCAUUUUACAACUUAAGCAUCUUAGCAACAGAUGGAAAGUUUACCGCCAUGUCGAAUGUUCAAGUGCAAAUAAAGGAUGUCAACGAUAAUAUGCCAUACUGCCUAAAACCUCGUUAUCACAUUACGUUAAAUGAAUCAAUCGCGAUUGGAUCAACAAUAGUUGAAGUAAAAGCCGUGGAUUUUGACUUGAGUAAUGAUUUUAAGUUACGAUAUUACAUAUCUGGAAAGGGUUCAACUGACUUUGUUAUUGGCAAAGAGAGUGGAGUUUUAAAAGUAGCGAAGCUUCUGGACCGAGAACGAACUUCAAAGUAUAAAAUGUUGGCACAUGUUCAGGAUGGCAAAGAAUUCAUAAGAGAGUGUGUUUCUGAGAUAAUAAUUACAGUCAAUGAUAUAAACGACAAUGCACCCAUAUUUUCUAUGCCCAAUUAUAGAGUAAGCAUACAAGAGGACGCUCAGCUACAAACGCUGGUUACGAAAGUUCAUGCUACUGACAAAGAUUUUGGCAUAAAUCGAAAAAUCAAGUACUCAUUAAUUGGCACAAAUAGUGAUUAUUUUGAAAUAUCAAAAUCAACCGGAAUAAUAAAAUUGGAAAAAAAUCUUGACCGUGAAACCAUUUCAAUAUAUAAUUUAACACUUAUAGCUGAAGAUUAUGGCAAACCAAUAAUGUCAUCAGUGGCUAAUAUCGUUAUAAACAUUUUGGACAUAAACGACAAUCCUCCGGAAUUCAGCUUACGGCAGUACAGUAGUCACGUGCAUGAAAAUGUCACACAAGGAUUUGAAGUUUGUACGGUUCAUGCUACAUCAAAAGAUAUUGGCGUGAAUGCUGAAAUAUCGUACUACAUAAUAAGUGGCAAUGAACAGCGUAAAUUCAACAUCAAUUCCAGUACAGGCGUAUUAUGGGUUAACGGAACACUGGACUAUGAGAAAACUAAAUUUUAUUUCCUCACCGUUCAAGCUAUUGAUGGAGGCAGUCCGCCACUUAGUAACAUUGCAUAUGUAAAUAUAUCUAUAGAUGAUGUUAAUGACAACACGCCAACGUUUACGCAAAAUAUUUACCGAGCUAGUGUGAAAGAAGAUGUUAAUGUAAAUCUGCCGAUAAUAGAUGUAAAGGCCACUGAUGAGGACUCCAACUUAAAUGGCAUCAUAAAAUACAACAUUGUGAAAGGUGAUAGCUUAAGUCAAUUUAGCAUAAAUAUCAGCAACGGAACAAUAAGCCUGGCAAGGCCUCUUGAUCGUGAAACCAUUUCAGACUAUGCACUGGAAGUGCAAGCCUGCGAUUUGGGGAUCCCGGAGCGGUGUAACAGUGUACAAGUUAAUGUCGUUGUUCUGGACGCAAAUGAUAACGCACCAGUUUUUUCGCAAGCAAACUACAGUGUAGUCCUACAAGAAAAUAGGCCUCUGGGCUAUGUUUUUAUUACAUUCGAUGUUACCGAUGCUGACGAAGCACCCAACUCUAUACCUUAUACAUAUGAUAUACGCUCUGGAAAUGAGGGAGGACUUUUUCGGCUGGAGCAGGAUGGCUCGCUUAGCACAGCAUCACGGUUCAAUCACAAAUUACGAGAUAAAUUUACAAUACAAAUACGUGUUUUUGAUAAUGGCACGCCUCCACUCUACUCGGAUACGUGGGUGACGAUAAAAAUAAUUGAGGAAAGUCAAUAUCCUCCAAUUUUAACACCUUUAGAGAUAACUGUCAAUUCCUUUGAAGAUGAAUUUUCUGCUGCAUUUUUAGGAAAAGUUUAUGCCACUGACCAAGAUCAAUAUGAUGAACUAACAUUUGCCGUAGCUUCAACUAUUGAAGAAACAUAUCAAACUUCAAAACUAUUUAGAAUUACCAAUAAAUCUGGUGAAAUUUAUUCCACUUCCAACCUGGAUAUUGGUCUAUAUAAACUAAAUGUGUCCGUCACUGAUGGAAAGUUUACCGUAUUCACCACUGUGAAAAUUAACGUCGAACUCAUAACGAUGGAUAUGGUCAAAGAAGCAAUAGUAAUCAGAUUUAGUAAAAUUGCGGCGUCAGAUUUCUUACUAAGUCACAGGAAAGGGUUCAUUCGUUCCAUACGAAACGUGAUGAGAUGCCGUCAAAAAGACGUGAUUUUAAUAUCUUUGCAAGAGCAAGUUCGCAAUCCUUUGGCAAAUCGAGACCAAUAUUCCACGGACUUAAACGUCGUCUUUGCAGUUCACAAGCAACAGAUAAUUCCCAGUUCAGACGCCUUUAUUAGCAGUGAUGAGAUUCGCUUAGCUGUUAUCAGUAAAGAAAUUGAAAUUGAAAACGAAUCCAAUCUUAUAAUUGAAGAAAUUCUACCAAGUUUUUGCCAAACCAAAGAAAACAUUUGUGUGAACGGAGUCUGCAAACAAUUGAUAAAUAUGGAAAAAAACAAUAUCACAACAAUUUACACCGAUGUUAUAAGCUUCGCUGCGCCCUCUUAUGGUUUAAUUAACAAAUGCGUGUGCAAGCCCGGCUUUGAUGGCAAAAACUGCAAUGAAACAGUUAAUGCAUGCUCUUCAGAUCCGUGUCCACCUCAGAGGAAUUGCUUGCCAUCAGAAUCUGCAACGCGAUAUCAAUGUGUCUGCCCAAAGGGAUACUCAGGUUCAUUUUGCGAAAUCAAAUCUUCAAAGUGUGACAAUGGCACCUGUGAUGCUUUCUCUUCAACAGCAGUUUCAUUUGGCGGCAAAAGUUAUGCUCAUUACAAAAUUAAUAAAUCAAAGGCCAAAAACAUUUUAGAAAAUCAGUUUGCCUACUCUCUUCAAAUCAGGACAGUACAACAAAGCGGUACACUUUUAUAUGCAAGCGGAAAAGUGGAUUACAAUGUUUUAGAACUUGUAAACGGAGCUGUAAAAUACAAAUUCGACUUAGGAUCAGGCGAAGGCGUUGUAAGCGUAUCUAGCAUUUAUAUUUCCGAUGGCGCGUGGCAUACCAUCACUUUGGAACGAACUCUUAAUAGUGCCAAGCUAACUGUAGAUAAUAAACAUGUUUCCCAGGGCAGCGCUCCUGGAGUUAAUGGCAUAUUGAAUAUUCAGUCAAAUGAUAUCUUCGUGGGAGCUGAGGUUCGACCGCAUCCCUCAAUCAUUGGCUAUGAAGAUAUUCAACGUGGCUUUAUUGGUUGUAUGGCAAACAUUAAAAUUGCCAUGGAGCCAUUACCUUUAUACAUUUCCGGAGGCAGCACAAUUGCAGCUCUUAAGAGAUUUACAAAUGUGGAGUUCAAGUGUGAUCCUGCCAAUGUUCUGGUCAGUUUGGGAGUUUGUGGUACUCAACCAUGUUUGAAUAGCGGCAUUUGUAGGGAUCUUGGAAAUGAUAAUUUUAAAUGUAUUUGCCAUGCGCGAUUUUCUGGUGAAUUAUGCGAAAUUGAUUUAGAUCCGUGCUCGUCAGCGCCGUGUUUAUUUGGAGGUCGCUGUGAAAAUCAACUGCCAAGUAAUUAUACAUGCAUUUGUCCGAUACACUUGUCCGGAAAGAGAUGUGAAUAUGGAAAAUUUUGCACACCAAACCCUUGCAAAAAUGGAGGAAUAUGCGAAGAAGGCGACGGUGUGUCCCAUUGCAUGUGCCGAGGAUUUACUGGACCGAACUGUGAAAUUGACGUAAACGAAUGCGAAAAUCAACCAUGCGGAAAUGGAGCAACUUGUAUCAAUGAAGCUGGUAGUUUUCGAUGCAUAUGUCCUUCGUUUCUUACUGGUGCAAGUUGCGGAGAUCCUCUUUAUUCGAAUUCUAUUUCGACCAAAUUGAAAAACUUUUCAAUUGAGCAUAUAAGUGGAAUAAUAUCGGGAAUCACCACAGUUCUCAUCAUCAUCAUAAUAUUGUUGGUCUGUUUUGCUUUUAAAAGAAACACGUCUACAGGCGCCAGAAAUCGAAACGAAAAAAUUAAAAAUAAGCACUCUCUUAAGCAAGCGAACCUUAACUCACUUCUCGACAAAGAUAAUCUUUGCAAAUCGAACGCUAAAAUAAGCAAUUUAGAAAUCAGCCAACGACCAAUAAGCUAUUCGCCUCCAAUAAACGAUAGCCUAUUUAUUAGUAAUACAACGUUUGUAAAUAAUUUAGAUAUAUUACGAAGUUACGGCUCCGCUGGUGAUGAGCUUGAAAAUAUACCAUUCGAAUAUCAAAAAGUAAAUCGAACUAAUCAACAUGUUAAUAUUAAUCCGAGCAAUUUAAUCGACGCAGACGGCGGACAUAAGCAAGAGUGGUGCGAACAAAUACACUUAAAAACAUUUAACGAGAAUAAGCUGAAUAACGAACGCAGAGUUGACUAUGGCUUUCCAAUUAACCGACUUUCAAGUGGAAAACUAAUUCAGGUAGCAAUGCCUAACGUCUGUCAUUCCACAUCGAACGCAAACUUUGUUGAUUCUGCUGGUAAUGGGCAAUAUCACUGGGACUGUUCGGAUUGGGUACGGAAAAGCCAUAAUCCAUUACCGGAUAUAACAGAAGUUCCUGGUGCCGAAGUCGCGGACUCAUCGAGCUUCCAUAGUAAUGACAGUAAUGAGUCUAAAUCAAAACGAAAAUAUUUAGUUCAUGUAGAAGAUAUCGAUCCAACUAGAGAUAUAGUUGCUCUAAAUGAAGACAUGGUAUUUGAAUAUGGGGAUUCGGAGAUAGACAGCUGUAUUCAACCAUUUAUGUUGCCGAAUUUAAGCAAUGAAUCCCGUUCAAGGCUAAGUUCAUUUAAUAAAAGCGAGAAUGAAGACUACAAACUAAAUACAGUGCCUUUCCAAUCAAAAUCAAAUCGAUUGCGCAAAGUAUAUUUACGACAUCCUGAUUCAUAUUUACCGACGAUACAUACGCCAAGUGACACGGAGGCGGAAAGCUCUAAUAACGAAACACCUAUGCUUAAGAAAGAGUUAUCAAGUAGAAGAGCAAUUAGCGGAAAUUCUGAGGAAAUAUAUCUGUUUCCAUAUGCGGCCGGUAAAACUGGUUCAGACAGCAAUAUCUCUGUUCGACUUUGUGAAAUUGAAGAUUCGGAAUUAGAAGACUUUCUUCCGAUGCAAGGAAAAUAUAGUAGUGAAUGACAUAUUAAUUGUAUAAAAUCAUAGAUUUUAACUUUGGCCAUGACUCUGUUUCUUUUUCUACUGAUUUUAUAUGAAAUAAAACUAUACAAGUAUAAUUAUAUUUUUAAUAAGAAUA